AUGAAAUUAAUUCUCAUAGCUUUAUUUGCAGUACUUGCAUGUUUAGUUGCAUUGACAAGUUGUGAACAUACUAUCAAAACCAAGCAAUUAUCCAAAGAUUCUCUUGUUUUGGAAUCAACCAACAGCAAUGAAGAUACAAUUGAAUUCAUGUUCAAUAAUGCCGAGCAUUUUCCAUUGAUUGGAGUUAAGCUUGUUCGUCAAGCUCCAACCAGCACCAAUCAAUCAUCCAGUCAACAAGCUAGUCAGAGCGGAUCUCAAAGUCAACAAUCUGGCAGUCAAUCUUCUUCACAAACAACACAACCUCAACCUCAAUCAUCCACCAGUCAAAUGCAGCAAGAACAAGCAAAUGGUACUGUUUCAGCCUCCCAACAGCAACAGCAACAAUCCAAUGCUUCUUCACAAGCAGCAAGUCAACAAUCUUCUCAAUCAUCUAAUCAAACUCAAACUGUCGAGAAGCAAGACAAUCCUCAAGCACAAAGCACUUCACAAGCAGGAAGUCAAGGUACAGGCAGUUCAUCCCAAGCUACUACUCCUCAAUCUGGUAAUCAAAAUAGUACCGCAAGUUCCACUUCCACUUCACAAAGCUCUCAACAAGGAUCCAGUAGUUCUUCCCAAUCCACUGCUCAAACUAAUCCUGUCUCUCAAGAUAACUCUUCAAUUUCUGGCGAUACUCACAUGGACUUGACACCAAACGUUACUCAAUCUGUCGGUCAAGGCAAUGUUUCAUCUACACCAUCUGUAACUAACGUCAAUACUACCUUGAUUAAUGAAACUCUCCAAAAUAUUGGUAUCAGUAAUUCUACUGCAUCAAAGGAUAUUAAUAUUACAGAUAUAAUCGGAAGAAUAAUUAGUGGAGAGAACAUUACUGAGAUUAUCAAUAGUACCUUAAGAAAUUUAACUCAAUGGCUUAACUCUACACUGAGCAAUGAUACGGAUGACAGCUCUCAAACAUCUCAACAAUCCAAGAGAGGGUCACUUCGUAGAAGACUUCUUUCCCUCCUUGAAGAAAAUGAAGAAAAUGAAAACUAUGCUCAAUAUCUCAAAUUUAACAAGCUCAAGCUUAUGUCAAGUGAAGGUGAAACUGUCAAGGAAAUUCCACUUUCAGAUGCAAAUAUUCACUGGAAUUAUGGCCACUCCGUUGUAGUCAAUAAUGAGCAAGCAUUUAAGGUUCCUCACGUUGAUGUUGAAAUUCCUCUCUCAUCUUCCAGUAAUAGACCAUCACUCAAGAUUAGAACCAUGAUGACUGAGGCACCAUCUCAUAUUGAAAGAAAUGGUAGGGAUAUUCAGUUGAAUCCAAGAUCUAUGGAUAUUCAAAUUACUUUGAACAACCUCCAUGAUUUAUUAUCUGAAAAAGAGAAGAAGCUAUCAGGUGCUAAAUGGACCAUAGAAACUGAAUUGACAUCCACAACAAAUUCAUUGCACUUGAUGCAAACCAAGAACCUGAACGGUGUUCAAAGAGUUGUUGUAAUGGGUAACAAUUUCACUCCAAAAGGCCAAUUUACUUUUAAUUCUUCCCCUAAUAUGAAAGUUAUCCAAGAUUCUGACAAUGACGACCUUAUCUCUAUUCAAAUUCAAGACUCAUCCAACUCAAUUCAACUCAACCCAAUCAAAUUUGGUGUGCAAUAA